AUGUUUAACCUAGUAGUUUUAAUUGAUUUGAAGAAAGCCUUUGAUACUGUUGAUCAUCAAAUUCUGCUGAACAAAUUAGAGCUCUAUGGAAUAAAAGGACAAGCUCUAACUUUGCUCAAACCCUAUCUCACAAACAGAAACCAGAAGUGCCAAAUAAAAAACUCAUUUUCAUCUGAGCGCUUGAUUAAAUGUGGUGUACCACAAGGCUUUAUAUUAGGGCCAUUAUUCUUUUUGUUGUACAUCAAUGAUUUGCCACAUUGUCUAAACAAAACAAAACCGCGGUUGUUUGCUGAUGACACAAAUUUGACUGCUUCAGCAAAUUCUAUGACUGACCUAGAGACUGCAGUAAAUUCUGAUUUAGAGAACCUUAGAAAAUGGUUAAUAGCCAAUAAACUUAGCCUCAAUGUAGCUAAGACAGAGUUUAUGUUGAUUGGCUCUAAACCUAUGAUCAAAAAUAUUUCUGAUUCUUGCCCAAAUGUUUACAUUGAAAAUAUACAAAUUAAACAAGUUCAUGAAUGCAAAACUCUAGGA